GACGAUUCAAAUGUCGCAAGAGAUAAUCCACGCAUACCGCCAUCUCCUCCGAACAUCUCUCCAAGCAAUCCGCUACGCAAAACCCGCCCGCUUCACUCUACAAUCCCACCUCCGCUCCUCGUUCCGCAACCCCACAUCUCCCUUCGACUCGCAACAAAUAUCGCAGACUUUGGAGUUUUUGAACAACGCUGCAAAAUACAAAGGGCUCGAGGACAAGGUAGUGAAGAAUUUGAUGCACGUCUGGGGCUGUAGACAUAGGGAUGUGCCCACUGCCCUGAAGGAUAUGAGAUUGAGAGAUGCUGCCUAUGAGAGGUUUGAUGAUCAAGUGAAGAUGCUGGAACACACUUUGGGCAUACGACUUGGA